AUGAAAUUAGCUCCAUCACUAAAGCCUCCGAUGAAGAUAAUCUCCUCGACUCCGGUGGCUACAACCACCGCCACCACCACCACCAUCGCCGCCAGUACUAUUUUCCGGUCACAAUCGCCUUAUUCAUUUUCACCGUCUUCGGGGCCGAAUAAAUCAGUUACAACAUCAAACUUAUCUUCUCCCAUCAUGCAAGACAAUGUUACAUUCCAAAACCUACCUUCUAAGGUAAAUGAAGAGAACAAAAUACUUGAGGACACACUUAGAAAAGCAGUGAUGAAGGACAAUAAAACAGUGAUAAUGACCACCCUAAACGCGGCGUGGACACAGCCAAAUUCCAUUUUCGACCUUUUCAUAGAGAGCUUCAAAAUUGGAAACGGGACCGAAAAGCUGUUGAGGCAUGUCGUGGUCGCGACUUUGGACCAAAAGGCUCAUUCUCGUUGUUUGAAAGCCCGAUUUCUCCACUGUUACGCUCUCACCACCCAAGGUGUCGACUUUUCCGGCGAAGCCUUUUUCAUGUCCGAAGAUUAUUUGAAGAUGAUGUGGAGGAGGAUUGAUUUUCUAACAACGGUUCUUCAGAUGGGAUUUGACUUCGUUUUCACGGAUGCUGACGUGAUGUGGUUGCGGGACCCAUUCAAAAAGUUCUAUCAAGACGUUGACUUUCAAAUUGCCUGCCACUACUAUUCGUUCAACUCCACGGACCGGAACAACUUGCCGAAUGGGGGUUUCAAUUAUGUUCGGUCCAACAAUCGAACUGUCCGGUUCUACAAAUUCUGGUACGAGAGUCGAGAACGCUUCCCGGGGCAACACGACCAAGACGUGCUUAACAUAAUCAAGUUUGACCCGUUUAUCCAAGAUAUUGGGCUGGGGAUCCGGUUUCUGGACACGGCCUAUUUCGGCGGGUUCUGUGAGCCCAGCGAGGAUCUGGACCUUGUGGUCACUAUGCAUGCAAAUUGCUGUUUUGGGCUGGGCAACAAGGUCCAUGACAUUAGGAUGGUGAUUGAUGACUGGAAAAAGUAUUUGUCGUUAUCUUCUAGUGGACGCAAUUUGAGUAACAGGUCAUGGACUGUUCCAAGAAUUUGUGGGUAA